AUGGGUUUCCCUCCCAAGGUAUACCAGUUUCUGGUCGGCACGUUUGCCGCGCUGGGCUCUUUUCUCUAUGGAUACGACUUGACCAUUGUAGCCGAAGUGGUAUCCAGCGGUUCUUUCCUUAGCUACUUCAACCCUUCGACCACCGAGGUCGGCCUGGUCGCGUCGCUGCUCACGGCUGGCGCAUUUGUUGGUGCCGGGUUGGCCUACCCAUGCUCAGAUUACUUCGGUCGUCGAGUCACCAUCUUGACUGGCGGGUUGGUUUUCUGCUUGGGUGGUGGACUGCAGGCAGGCGCGCAGAACUAUGGCUAUGUCUUGGGUGGCCGCUUUAUCGCAGGUGUCUCCAUCGGUGUUCUUACCAUGAUCAUUCCCAUGUACCAGGCAGAAUUAGUCCACCCCAAUAUUCGAGGCUUGGUGACUGGGCUUCAGCAGUUUAUGCUUGGCGUUGGUGGCGUGUGUGGUAGUUGGAUCAGUUAUGGUACAUACGUCGGUUUCACUGACAACCGUCAAUGGCGUAUUCCUUUGGCCAUCCAGAUUGUCCCUGCCGCUCUUCUUUCUGCCUUGAUUUUCCUUUUCCCGGAAUCCCCUCGUUGGCUCAUUAGCCGUGGUAACCCAGAGAAGGGUCUCAAGACCCUGGCGCGACUGCAUGCCAAUGGCAACACAUCCGACCCGUGGGUUCUCGCCGAGUUUGAGCAAAUUCAAACGCAGGUUGCCGAGGAGAAGGAGCAAACGAAGGCCUCAUUCAAUGUUUUGUUCACUAAUAAGGCGAACUUCCGCCGCCUCCUGUUGGCCUGCGCUAUGCAAGCUGCCACCCAGAUGACUGGCAUUUCAGCGAUUCAAUAUUACUCGGUCACCAUCUUUAAACAAAUUGGCAUUGAUGGAACGGAUACCCUACGCUACCAAGCUAUCAAUUCAGUCCUUGGCCUCCUCGGUGAAUUUCUCCUCAUGAUUGUAGUCGAUAAGAUUGGCCGUCGCAAACUCAUUGUCGGUGGAAACCUCGCCAUGUGCCUCACAUAUGUGAUCAGUACCAUCCUUCUCUCCAAGUUCCCUCCCGAGGCGCAUAACAACGGCGCCCACUGGGGUUUCAUUAUCAUGACAUGGGUAUACAACUUCUGCUUUGCUAGUAUGGGCUCACUUUCGUGGAUGAUCCCUGCCGAAAUCUUCGAUACGGCAAUCCGAGCCAAGGGGGUAGCCUUGGGUUGCAUGGUAUCCUUCGCCUUCAACACGAUGAUCGGCCAAGUGACACCUAUUGGAAUGGCAAACUCCGGUUGGAGAUUCUAUAUACUAUUUGUGGUAUGCAAUUUCACAAAUGCCGUCUUCUUCUGGGCCAUGCUACCCGAAACCAAUCAGUUACCCCUGGAGGAAAUGAAGAAGCUCUUCACCGAGAGUCCCUGGUUUAUCGGUAACACCGACAGAACCAAGUUUGUGGGUACGGAAAUCAGUAUUCUGGCGCACCAGAUUGAAAGUAAGGGAAUCGAAGAUCGGACCGGCACAACUGAUCACAAGGAGGAAACGGCUUGA